AUGAAAGCAACUUUUUAGAAGCGCCUGGCCUUUGGUCCAGACGUGAGGGCGCUGCCAGCUUUGAAGAGGGGAGCAAGCGUAGUAACAAGGGCAGGAUCUGCCAUCAUGGCUACUUUGCGGACUGGCAAGAAAUUUGACUAUGAGAGGCUCAAACGCCAGGCGGCGCAGCUUCUUUUUGUCAUUGUGAUGUUCCAGUUCCCACUGUUCAGUGUCAAGUGCCGGAAAGGCAUCUGUAACAGCCCUCUCGAGAUUGUGGCAUCGGAGGUCAUCCUGACAGCAGAUCCUUACGGCAGCCACGUUGCCAAGGCCCUUCUGUUCCCAGGGGCGCUCGUUGCUGAUGUCACGGAGCGCUUUGCCCCCAUCGAGGGGCAGCCGGCUCCUGAAUCGUUUCUUCCGGACUGGAACAGCCUUUUGGACCGAUAUGGAUACACGAACCUGAACAUCACGGACCCUGAACUGAACUCUCGCAUGGAGUUCAAUGCGGGAGCGAACCUGGUGGUGUUCGGGGCUCUUACAGGCCUGGUGCAUGCCAAUAAGAUGGUGCUAAUGGGGAUGGCCUUGAUGUCAUACUUCUUUUACAAGGAGCAGGCAUGGCUGCCCAAGGAGGGGGAGGAGCUUAGUCCGGAGAAGAGCUACAUCUUUCUUUUGUAUAUCCCUUUUCUCGCGGUUUCGCUCUUCCCUGCGCUGGACGUUUUCGCUAAGCAACAGAAGGAGUUGCAAGAGAAAGCGGCAGUGGCGCAGAAGAAGGAAGCUGAUAGAGAAGAGGCAGCAUCCGCUUCAAAGAGCAAGUUGGGAAAGAAGGAUGUGAAAGUCAUCAAACGGAAGUAGCGCACCGCACAAUAUAUGGGUAUGGUAAUUCUCGAUUGAGCUAUAAGCUACUAUGUUCGGCUUGCUUGCUCGCUUUUGUAUGUUUAUCGUCUUGGCCCUUAU